CGUGGUUUGGUUCUCAGAGGGUGGAUUCCACUGGUCUUACUUCAGUUCCUUUUGCAGGAAGAGCUCAGAAUCACAACAAGGAAACUAAUCCCAAAGAUGAGCCUCGCAUGUCAAAUCUUCCUUCUGGUUUUCAUCUUUUCCAUCCAAGGUGCAGCUCCUGCAAAUGAUGAUAUCGUCUGGGGUACCCUGGGUCAGGACAUCAACCUGGACAUUCCUGGUUUUCAAAUGAUUAAUAUAGAUGAUAUACACUGGGAAAAAGGCAAAAAGAAGGUGGUGAGGUUCCAAAUUAGCAACAAGCCUAAGAAUCCAGAUGAAAAAUAUAAUGUGUCAGUGAAUGGAACUCUGAAAAUUAAACAUCUGAUGCUAGAAGACAGCGAUACCUACAAGGUAGUUAUAUACGAUAAGGAUGGAAAGAAUGCGUUGGAAAAAACAUUCCAGCUGAAGAUUCAAGAGAAGGUCUCAACGCCUAACAUCGACUGGAAUUGUAUCAACAAAACCCUGGUCUGUAAGAUAUCAAAUGGAACAGACCCUGAAUUAAAACUGUACGUAAAUGGGACCAGUAUCAAGCCCGUUUCUUCGAAGUUCAGCACAUACAGGUUUAUAAACAAGCGGAAGAUAUUAGUCAACUGCACGGCAGAAAACAAAGUCAGCAAGGAAAGCGACGUGAAGAUGAUCACUUGUUCAGAGAAGGGUCUGGACCUGUAUUUCAUUAUUGGUGUUUGUGGAGGAAGCACCUUGUUCGUCAUCUUCAUGGUGCUACUCAUUUUCUACAUCAACAAGAGGAAAAAACAGAACAGUAGGAGGAAUGAUGAAGAGCUGGAGAUAAGAGCAUGCAGACUAACCACCAAGAAAAGGGGCCCGAAGCCCUGCCAGGUGCCAGGCUCGACUCCUCAAAGUCCCGCUGCGUCCCGGCCUCCUCCACCGCCCAGUCAUCGGCCCCAGGCCCCGGGUCAUCGGCCACCGCCUCCUGGCCACCGGGCCCAGCACAACCAGCAGAGGAAGGCCCCCCCUCCACCAGCCACACAAGUUUAUCAGCAGAAAGGCCCUCCCCUCCCCAGGCCUCGAGUUCAACCCAAAGCUCCCCGUGGGGCCACAGGAAACUCAUAACUCUGUCUCCUGACCUGGGUGUCCCCUUCCUCUAAUUAAAAGCGAUAGAAAUCGUCCUUUCCCAUAAAGGCACCGUGGAAUUUCUCCGCUGGGAGGGGGAGCACCUACACUUCCAUCAGGCGUGUUCUGCGGUAGGAUGACCACCCCCUGGGCUCGCGGGCCACGCCGUGUCGGCAUCUCCUAGCUCACCUGCAUGCUCUAACACCUGGAGCCGCUGCUCCUUGUCACGCCCAGAAGGGCUGGCAAUACAAGUGCCACCACCAGGAGGAUGGGCCACCGACCACCAAGUCCUCGCCUCCCCUUCAGAUCCCGUGCAGACGUGAGGCGUCCUGCGGCACCGGGACCUCGCUGCAAGCCGUCUGCCUGCUCAAGACGCCCUUGGGUUUCUUAUGUAUCUGGUGGACGCUUGCCCACCAUCUUGGACGUAGAAGGGAAAUAAAAGCUUUCAUUUGA